CAUUUCGUAAUUCUUAAAGGGCCAGGGUACUAAAUCGAGUGUGAUCUUCAAACGAGCAAGAUCGCUUUGCUAUUUUCAUAAGUAGUUUUUUAUGUACCUUUUCUAAAAUAUGUCUCGAGUUCUAAUAGUUGGUGCUGGACUUACAGGCAGUUUAUGUGCCUGUCUGCUGCGGAGGAAGCUGCCUAACAAAGUAAAUAUUGUCGUGUGGGACAAAUCUCGGGGUGCAGGGGGGAGGAUGUCCACGAGCAGAAGUCCAAAUGAUCCUUCAUGCACAGUUGAUCUUGGUGCUCAAUAUAUAAGUGCCACACCAUACUACGCUCGUAUUCACAGCAGUUUUUAUGAAGAACUCUUAGCACAAGACAUUUUAAAACCUCUCGUUGCUCCUGUUGAAGGCAUGAUGUUAAAGGAAGAAGAAAUUGUGAACUAUGUGACACCCCAUGGAGUCUCCUCCAUCAUCAAACACUAUCUCAAAGAGUCAGCAGGAGCAGAGGUGCUCUACGAUCGACACGUCACUCACAUUCACCGGAAAAGCACUACCUGGGAAGUGUGUUGCAAAGGGGGAAUGCCAGAGCGGUUUGACAUUGUGGUUUUAACCAUGCCUGUACCGCAGAUACUUCAGCUGCAAGGAGAUGUGGAAUCAUUGAUAGGGGAGAAUCAGAGGAGGAUGCUGGAGGCUGUCAGCUACUCUUCUCGCUACGCACUUGGACUCUUCUACAAAGCCGACACACGAAUCGACGUCCCCUGGGCAGCCAAGUACGUCUCCAAUAAUCCCUGCGUUCGCUUCAUCGCCAUAGAUGAUAAAAAGCGCAAUUUAGCUUCGAAGACCUGCGGACCUUCUGUGGUGGUGCACACUAGUGUGCCCUUUGGCAUCCAGCACCUGGAGGAGGAGAAGGAUGCGGUACAGCCCAUCAUCCUGGAAGAACUGGAAAAGGUGAUGCCAGAUCUACCUCAGCCUGACAGCAUCAAGUGUCAGAAGUGGAGAUACUCCCAGGUGACAAGAUCGGUGGCUGAUUGCCCAGGGCAGAUGAUACUGCACUCCCAACCUCUGCUGGUGUGUGGAGGGGACGGCUUCACACACUCCAAUUUCGACGGCUGCAUCGAGUCUGCCCUGAAGGUCUUUGAGGUUCUGAAGUCUUCUCUCUGAAAGGGGGUUGGGAAAGUAUGCCUUUAUUUUGGGUUUUUGUUAUGGAGGAUGGCACAUUGAUUUAGAUUUAAGCCCCUCCCUGCAGGAAGAUGGAUGUACUGCACAAAGCACAGUAGAACUGUCUCGCCUGUGUCUGCAGACAUACAUUUUGCUACAAAAACCAAUUAUACCGUCUGUGCUGGAUGCUGAGGAUUAGAGGACAACAGAGCACUGUGCAAGUUUAGUUGUGACUGAGGCAGAUGCCUCAUACUGGCUUUGAUACAAUGUCUUGAACUACGGUUUUCUGAUGUGUAGAAAAUAAUAUGAAUGUGUUCCGGUACUGUCAGCCUUCUCCUGUCAUAGUCUCAAAUUAAUAAAGUAAUUAAAACAUGCUUAAA